ACAACCCGUCAGCUUUAAGGGAACGGCAAGCAAAACAAACAGGUCGACAGAAGAAAGAUAUCGGUUGCCGGUCGGUGUUUCGGUCAGACGGACAGAGAGCUUAUCAAGCGUAGCUCAUUUGCAUUUUGUGACGGUUCACUGCUCGCGCCGGUGAAAUAUGUGGAUGCGGUGCAGAUCUGUGGUAAUGUUGUCGUAUUAUUCGCAUGUUCGGCCCGUUAUGACGGUCAGUCCGUUUGGGUUUUGUCAGUGUGACAUUUCUAGUUGUUAAAGCGACAUUGUCGUGCAAAGAUAUAAGUAUUUUUUAUUUGCGCGUUUCAUUGCUAUAAUCAACUAUGCAUACGCGGCGGCUGGUGAAGCGCUCGGUCAUUGGCAGCCGCGUGUACGCACCGGGUUUAACGGGAGACGCGGCUCCGCUCACGGGAGUGAUCCAGGCUGUCAAACAAGACAACAGAGAUGCUUCGACCGGCCAUCGGCGCAACGUGUACACGGUGCUCAUGCAAGACGGGAGCCUGAAAGACUACUCCGAGGAAGAAAUCGCACAGAUGACUGCGAAAGCGCCGCUGAAGUCGAGCUUGAAGAGCACCUGUAAUGGUGGCCAGCGGGAUGGGCCCACACAGGGCCAGAAUGGGGGCGUGCAAAGAGGAGAGUUGCCCUCCCUCAGCCCGGAGAGCACAGAGGAGCCAAGGGUGCUGGAGCACAAGCGAUCGGGCCGAGUGCUAGAGCCAGAGAAAGAUCACACCCGCUCGGUUUCUCUGCUGGAACAAAAACGCAAGGUGGUCUCUUCCAGCAUCGACGUACCACAAGCCAGGAAAUCAGAGGAGGAGGUGGACAUGGAUAAAGUGACAGCUGCCAUGGUGUUGACCAGCCUGUCCACUAGUCCUCUGGUGCGCAGCCCUCCUGUAAAAGUUAGUGAGGGUCUGAACGGCUCAUGGAAAGACGGAGGCUUUACUCCAUCCAGCUACAACAGCAGUGGAUAUUGGAGUUGGAGUGCGCCCAGUGACCAGUCCAACCCAUCCACGCCGUCCCCACCCCUGUCUGCUGACAGCUUCAAACCCUUUCGGAUGCCCAGCCUCAGCGGCCCACCAGAUGACAACAUCGAUGAGCAUGAUGGGAACAGCUUGCUGUUCGACGAACCCAUCCCACGCAAACGCAAGAACUCCAUGAAGGUGAUGUUCAAGUGUCUGUGGAAGAACUGUGGGAAGGUCUUGAGCACAGCUGCCGGGAUCCAAAGGCACAUUCGAACCAUUCACCUGGGGAGGAACUGUGACUCAGAAUGCAGUGACGGAGAGGAGGAUUUCUACUACACUGAGAUCAAGCUGAACACUGACUCUGUGGCGGACGGUUUGAGCAGUCUGUCUCCUGUGUCCCCGUCUGUGCUGUCCCCCCCGCCGGGUUUGGACCAGAGACAGCCGGAUGGCACUAACGGAGCAAAGAGCGAGAACAGCACCAACACCCCUCUCAGCCGCUCUGCUCCCAGUGCACUCUACCUAGUGCACACAGACCACGCCUACCAGGCCACAGCCCCUGUCACCAUCCCCUCCACCAGCUCCACUGGCUUCACCCCCUCCAGCAGCAGUUUCAGUAUCUCCUGGCAGUCCCCACCCGUCACUUUUACUGGCACCUCUGCUUCUCCAACUCACAGCCGGACGCAGGGCUUUGGGGAGCAGCGCUCUCAGACCAUCGCAGUGCUCUCGUCUCCCCCCAGAGCUGCAGGCUCACUCAGUAGGAAGUCACGAGGCGAGGGAAAGAAGUGUCGUAAGGUGUACGGCAUGGAAAACCGAGACAUGUGGUGCACGGCCUGCCGCUGGAAGAAAGCCUGCCAGAGAUUUGUUGACUGAAACCGCUGCGACAACUUAUACACAAAAACAGGGUGGGCUUCCUUUGCAUGCAUAGCUUAGUGAAAUACGUCCCUUCUCUUUCUUAUUGACGACAGCCCCACCUUGUUUCACCUUAAACCCACAUGGACUUUGAGGGUCAAACCCUUAUGCAUUCCCUCCUAAACCAACAGAUGCACUCCCAAUCUUUGCAGAUUUCCAACUCACCCUUUGAGGCGAAUUGCUUUACACUGCAAAAAAAAAAAAAAAAAAGACUUGGGAUCCAUCUUUUUGUUUGUGUUCAGUAUACUGCUUAAAAACAUUCUUGUCAGUUCCUAAAGGACCAGUCAGGGCAGGACCAGCCUCUGGCCAUGCUCUUUUUAAAAGAGAAGAAAGCUCUCUUUCAGACUGUGUAAGUGCUAUAAAACCCAACUGGAGAAAGUGUUUCUUUUUCCAUGGGCACAUUUUCACACUUCUCCUGCCCAUUUUACUAAAGGUUAAGGGUUGGACAGCCAGAAAACCCUGUCUUCUCAAGAAUGUACUACCACAGGGGUUUGUUUUGGGAUGUUGACUGAACCGCUCCCCUGAAUGGAAAUUCCUCAAUGCAAAAAAAUAGAAAAUAAUACAAAUAAAUAUGGGAAGAGAAGGACUUUCAGCUCCCCCUUUCAGUCAUGCUGACACAAGCAAUUGCACCUACGAAGGACGAAUUUUAUAUUUCUGGUUUUAUAUUUGCGUUUACCAAUAGGACAUUUCUUUCAGGGAUGCGAUCAGUAAAAGCUAAACCAGCAGUUAGAUUUAACAGCAAAGAACUCAGUGCUUUUUGUCACAGGAAUACCUUCUUGCUACCAAAAAGGUUUUUUUUAUGUGCCAUUUUUUCUUUUUUUUUGCUUUGUGUGUAACGGACUUCAACAGAAUGAAGUACAAAUACUGCGAUCAUUAAAACCCAAUGGCACAGACUCGUAUCAAAAUAAGCGAUCGCAAGGACCAGCCAUUCAGGCAACCUCUCCUUCCCAACGGACUCCAUCUGCAGGAACGAACUGCAUUCAUAUUAGAGCCAUAUGAGAACCAUGGUGGUUUCACGCCACAGUCUGUUGCCUAGAGAGGUUCAACCAACAUGCCCAAGUAAAGAAAACUCUGCAAAGUGGUUAAUUUUACCUCUGGAAGGUGAGGAGCUCUUUACCUCUCACCUUUUUCCUGACCUCACAGGUUCAAGUAGGAAGUAAUAAAAAGCAAAUGCCACAUCUACCCCAGCACAGGAGCUGGAAGCACUCAGGUGUGGUGGUGUUAUUCUUCUGUAGUUGGUACAGUAUUGUGUAACACGGCAGAACACUGGUCACAGGAGGAUGGACGUCUCUUUAUGAUGGUCUUCUUUGAAAAGGAUGACCAGAAAAAUUGUCCCAAGAUGUCAACACUUGGUUUGGCUCUUAAGGAAUAUGGCAGCUCGGUUGGCAUUUGUAAACUGGAACUGUUUUGGUGGCUCCGAUACAGUCCAAUAUGAUAUCGUCUACGUAACAUCAACACAAGCUAGUUAACUCAUUAUAAACCUGCAAACAAUGCUUAUUGUGAUCAACUCAUUGUCUGUAUCUGUUUUGUUCAUCACACUGUUUUCCUUUCAGUUACUGUUUAUGUGUAUAUAGGUAAGGUAUAUAGUAUUAAACCCCACAAACAAAAUGUUUUUUAUGCCUAGUGUAACACUUGGGUUUUAUUGGUAGAAUGGCUUUGUUCACACUGCACAUAAAUCAGAUUUGGUUUCAAAUCCGAUUUCAAUUAUUCGAUCCAUUUGUACGUACAAUGUAGUCAAUAUCCUAUGUCUCCACAUGGAUUAUUUACAUAUACUAUAACCAUCAUGCUGACAAGUUAUUAAAAGAGACUCAUAAACAUCUAAAAGGACAGUUAUUGGAAUCUGAUUCCAAUUCACACCAAAAUGCAUUAAAGAAAUAUGAUCUGAUUAUCACCUGGUAUGGAUGUGGUUUGGAUCUGGUUCAUAAACAUCAGAUAUCAUGUGGUCUUCUGCAGUUCAGAAUACAAAACUUGAUAUGCCAAAAAAUGGCCUUUAAUUUAAUGUAAUUUCACACCAAAAAUGGAUGUGGUUUGGAUCUGUUUUUUUUUCCCCAUGUGGUCUUAAAAAAUAAAUAAAACUCAAUAGAUUGACCAAAAAAAAAAUGCAAAUCUGAAUUUUUCUGCAUAUGUGAAUAGAGCCAGAUACUACACGAACAGAAAACACUUUAAAACUGGUACUGGUUUAGUGUCUAAAUAGAAAAAAAGAAAAUCCAGAAACGACCAUGAGUUCAUGACUGUUUCUGCAUUUUGAUCUAUAAUUUUCCUUCCUUUUUCUCACUUUCUGUUGACACAAUUCAACAAAUCUUGCAAGGAAAAGGUCUACAGGGCCUUGCGUCUUUCUGUAUGACUGGAGGCAACCUGUUUGUGAAAGCACAGCUAUACUGAAGCAACACAAGCACCCAUGGGCUCUAGCACUCCAAUUCUACUCAAAUGCCUAUUGAAACUUUUUGUGAUCUUGUGCCAGAGAUGAAGUUGAGUUUCAAUAAUUAAUAGCUGCAUAUUUUGGCCCCUCCGCUGGUGUGAGGAACAUCUCAGAGGCUGCUGCUUGUCCCUCCAUUCCCUUCCUGGUGCUAUUUUAGACCAAAUGGUCUAAGAGAUCUCACAGGCAUUUUAUGUAAGAGGGCAAGCUGAUGUCUACAGCUGUUUACAUUCAGUAUAUAUUGGGGAAACUCUUUCCAUCACGUUUCUACAAAUGAGACUUAUAGGAAGUGGGAAUAUAUUUGAAAAUGUUACCUAAAAAUAUGCUCUUGCCUCGGAUAAGCUGUUAUAUGAAGUUAAGAUCAGGGUGCAUUUGGUUUCUAAUGAUGUUUCACACACCUGUCACCAUGGUGCUUAUGUAUUGGCUGCAGUUUUGUUAGCUAGGCCAUGGCGCAUUACUCGUGUUCAUUGGGGGUGCUAGUGUUCUUGUGCACAGGCCUUUGUUUUGUUGUACAACAUGUAAUUUAACACACAUAUCAAGCUGCAACAUGAGUAUGGUGUGUUUUCACUAUUUACUUUAUCGCCAACUUCGUACACAGGUUAAACUGUUUAUAAAUUUACCUACAAUACUUAUAUAAGCUACCUGGUAAACAGUAUUUAGGACUAGUGCUGCUCAUGAAUACCUACUUGGGUCCAUGUCUCAUAAUAAUGCAGUACAAAGCUUUUAUUGCUCAGAUCCAGAAGGAUGCUGAGGUGUUAGCUGUCUUUAGCCUAAGUAGUCUUCUCUGGUUCUGUGUAAACAUACCAUAUAGGUAAUUAAAAACAAUAACUAAUAAUGCUAUUAUAUUACUCAAAAUGUGUAACUGUUUUGAUCAAUAUUCUAAGCUACUUUUAACACACUGGUGUGCAGAUCCUAGGGAACAGAUUAAGAUACUUCCCGUUCUUAACUUUCACCAGGUCCAGAGUUUAACACGCUAGUUUAGCUGCUUUAAAAGAUGCAGAAAAGUCUCGCCAUCUCUUUUCCCAUGCAUCGAUGUAGUGCGAUGUUAAUCGAAUACCCAUAUGUCUUUGGUUGGUAUUAGUGUUGGAUCUGUGCAGAUGUUUUGAGUGGGUGUGCUUAUCCCAUGUCAGACUGACCCAAUCUGACUGUCUUUGCAUAGACUGAAUCGUUUGUGUAACUCCAAACCGCCACUCAGCUAUAGCCGGAUGGCAGAUGGGCCACUAAGUAGUCUACUUACAUAACUUGUGUGUUUGUGUCGAGCCACAAACAAGGAGUAGAGACCGCUGAUGGGACUGAGUCUGCAAAAAAAAAAAAAAAGAGGCUGUAGUCGAGAGGAACAUUCCAGACUGCACAUUUAAAUCUUUUUGUUAUGAAACAGCAUCAUCAGGAUGGAACUUACUCUCUUUUAGAGGGCUUAUAAUCUCUGCCAUCAUUGGACAAUAUUGGCAUCCUGCAAUGCAUGCUACCAAUAAAUAGCUGCUGGGUUUCCAUGGUUUAUGAUAAGGUCAUGUCUAUCCUGCAUGGAGAGGGGCCCUGAGAGGUUUCGUUUUUGUUUUCCGUGGAGGGGGCCAGUCCCUCUGACCACUUUCAGGAAUGUAUUUGUAUGAGAAUAUAUAGGAGUCUGACUGUGCCUUGGUGAGGUCUGAGAUUGUGCAUGGAGAUGCACAGAAAAGCAAAGGAAUGUUUCUGGUGUCGGCUGGUCUGAGUUCAUCAAUUUGUCUGGAUUUUAAAGUGUGGGAGUGGAGGCCCUUUUUCUAGUGAUUUGAGAACUAGCUCUUGCUUUUUUCUGCUCAAAGAGUCUUUUGAUGAAUUUGAAGCUUGAGGGGUGGGGGGGGGGGUGUCUUUUCCCGGUUGUGCUUUGUAAAUGAUUUUUAGCUACAAUAUCGUAGUUGUUUUUGUCUCGUUGUUUUCAUCUCCCAUUUUGAAAACGCAGCAGGAAAUGUUUAAUCAACAUUUCAGACAGGGUUUAGUUAAAUACGGCUGUGUUUUAAAAACUGGGGUGCGUUUUUCUUAUAAGAUGCUUAAACAGUGAGAUCAUCCAUUAUUGUCAGAGACUAAAACUCCAGCCUAUCAGAUAGGACCAUGCACAGAAGAUCUUAGCGUUAUGAAUCGCAAGCCUGGUUUGAUCCAGAUACCGAUUUAUGUUUCCAUCAUGUCUCUCAAGAAGGGCUGCAUGAUGUGGAGGAAAAGAUUUCUGUCAUUACAAGAUGAUGUUAGCUGCAUAUUGAUUUAACAAAUGCACAUCAUAAACAACUCAAACUCCGAGUAGAUACAGAGAUGUUUAUGUGGAGCAGCGUUUACUGUGACACUGACAACCCCAGAUUAUGAGCUGCUCAUGUGUAAACGAACACAGUGCUGCACUUCUGUCUGAAACACGCUUUGUAUAUAUUUAUUAAAUGAAAUCGCAGCCUUUGUGAUUUGAUUAUUGCAUUAAGCCAUUUCAUGAUUUGGGUUUUAAUUUUGAUUAAUCAUGCAGCCCUAUCUCAAAAGAUCUCAGAGAAUAAGCAGGACAUAAUGUUAACAUGUUUGUCUCAAGCCUUUUUGUUGUGAGAAAAAAAAAAACAUAUCCCAUCCAAAAAUCAUAAACAAGUCGCUUUACAUCUUGAAAAUAAGAUGCCAAAAGACCCCAUGGGAAUGUAGGCUCAGUUCUCUGAAUGGAUUAUCUCACUGCUGACCUUCGUCAAUCAAGAACCAUGCUAACCUCAAGAACUCAAAGACUGUCGCACUGGAUUUUUACACUUUUUCAAGUAUUUGCUGAUCUAACUGUAUUUUUUAAUACUGCAUGUGCAUGCCGAAGAAAUCAUACAAAAAAUAUGAUCUGAAUUUAUGAAUGUUGUUUGUGAUGUUUUAUCUGUAAAAACAGGCACAGGGCAGGCAGGCUGCUGUUACUAUAGGAAUGACAUGCAAAAUCCACUUCCUCUGAAAAUGUACUCAUUUUCAUUAUGUGAUUUCAGUGUCUUUUCAUAGUCGCUCAUUUACAUGCUACGUUCUGAAACAAAGGGCACAUUUUUAAAAGGGACCGUUCAACCCCCCAAAAAAUAAUAUGGAUAACAGGGCCUUAAAUGAUAAGAACCACUGCUAUAAGCUGUUUUGUUUGGAAAACAUCUCUUAUUGUGUACCAAGUAAAAAGAAAGUCAUAUGGGGGGUCAUAUUGCUGCCAUAAAAACAAACAGAUGCUGAUGAUAAAAGAACCAGCUUCUGAUCAUCGUAGCACAGGCGAUAAUAACAAAUGCCUGAUGGAUACUAUAAAUAAGCACUUCGAAAUUAUCUAAAGGAGAGGACCAGUUCAUCUCAAGGACCAAUUUGGUCAGCCCAAACUGUGCUUUUUUAUUUUUGGUUCACACAUUUCUGUCCCAUUGUCUGUUCUUUUGACAUUCCUGAUUUUACAAGUAUUGUUUGAUGUUAAGAACGGGCAUCUGAUGCCUUGUGCACUUGAUGGAAGUAUACUGUGUAAAGAGAAAAAAAAGAGGAAAACUCAGGAUGUCUUCAUCUUUCAUGCUGCUGCUAGCAGAAAAAAAUGCAGCAGUUGUAAAGCCAUAAAGGAAAAGAGGUGUGUUUGGGUGACCCAUGCCAUUUACCAAAAUUAUUAUUUUGACCAGUAAGCAAUGUCUAGACUGUAUUCAAUAACUGUGUUUUAUCCAUCAUUGCACACUGACUAUAUGUAUACUGAAGAUGUUCAUUGAAGAAGGUACUUGAUAUCUCUAUGCCAAUGUGAAGGAUAAAGUUAUUGAUGGGGGACAGAUUUUAUUGUAGAUGCAAUAGCUAUGAAUGUAGCUAUGAAUAAAUGGAUGGUAUAUUUAUAUGCUUAUAAAAGAUAAUAUAGUUUUCCUGAAGAAGGACACCCUUGAAUUUGGCAGGUUAAAAAGAAGAAAGAAAACCAUAUUAUGCAUAUAACUUUGUGACAUUAGCACUAACGAACUGAGGAUUAGGCCUACAGUCGCAUUUGUUACCAAGGUUCAAAUUCAAGAAACCCAAAGAUUAUUCCUGAAAUUAGACGUAAUACAUCACAGCAAAUAGCAAAUACUCUGUGCAAAUGUCACUUAAAAUUAACGUAAAAUGACAAAUGUGAAACUUUGGUGAAUUUUUGCGGGCAAAGUAAUGUUAGGCAGUUAUCAGUAGUGCCAUUAUCUCAGAGGUCACUUCCAAACCAAGCAGCUUUAUAUUGGUAAACACAUGAAAUUUCUGUGUUAACGGGUCAACAAACUAGAAUCUGAUGUAAAAUUCGCGAGGGAACAUUUUUCACCUGACGAAUCCCCCGCACUAUAUUCCUAAAUGCUUGGAUUGCUAGUGACAUGGCUGCAUUUUGCCUCCAGAAAUUCAUCUACAAAGCUCGAAGUGACUGCACAUUUAAGGGUCGUUCACACAGAAAAGAAAAGGCCCAACGAAAUGUAAAAGAACAGAGUUUUGAAACGCUGCGUAACGGGCAAAUCAAAAGUAGCGCACAUAAAGAUUGAAAAUUCCAUUUCUUCCCUAUUCCUCCGCCGCUUCCCGCGCGGUUUCAAAUGCAGAACUGCGUUCGCUGUGAACAUCCCCUUAUUAAAACUCGAAAGUGUUGUUUAUCCGCCUCUAUAUGCGAUGUAGAUGUCGCCUGACACACAAGGACCUGUAUUUGAGGUUAUGAGAUAAAUGAGCGACCUUUCUCAACAUGAAUAACAUUAAUUACAUUCAUCCCGGGUUUAACACAGACGUCGCGUGCCAGCUCAAGCCGAGUGCGUCGGAGUGACGUUUCCCGCCGUUCGUCCUCAGGCUCACGUGCAUAAUCCCAGCGGGGCUUUGACCUCACGGGCUUCCUCGAGCUUUUCAUCCAUGUGAACCCAUCAUAAUGCAUUUCAGAAAGAUGCGAGGUGCAGGAUUAAGAGGUUCAGAGGGUUUUCUUGAUGACGGCGAGUGCUGCUGAAGGCUGUAACAAUUAACUUAAUGGAAUGAAAACAAAUGUAGCCCUGUUGUUUAACGGUGUCACGUAUCAGCAGAGAAGAGGGCCUUAAUUAGAGGAUAUUUUUAAGGCUUCGUGCCACUAUAUUUUGUCAUUGUUAGUGUCUAGUCUGUGUUCACUCGGAUACAAUUAUGCAAUUUUAUGCUAUAGUGCACAGGUUUACACGGCAACACCUGACAAAUAUAACUCAUAACAGACGGAAAUAAAUUAUUUUUUACAUCGCUCGCAUUUACUCGCACUAGUCUGGAUAGAGGGAGCUGAUGGUAUUUCAUUAUCUGGACUUGAUAUAAAAUAUCGCAAUACAUUAACUGAAAGCACUUGCUUUAUGUACAAUGUCUUAUACUGUUUAUCUAAUUGCACCGUUUUGUUCCUCCUCGUCUCCCCAACGUUCAAUAGAUUUUAAUCUCCUUUCUCCUGAGGGAGAAAACACUUGGUGACUGUUAUUAUUAUCUAUCUAUCUCACUUGCUGGCUGUACUAGUUUUUACUCUGAGCUGUGUGUAAAUAGAAACUGCCAAUGUAAUUGUGCUACGGUGACAAUGUUGUGGUGCUCGUCAGUGCCGCUGUUGUUGUUUUCUUUGGUGUAAAGACCUUUCAAAUGUGCCCGUGUUCAUACGAGCUUCUGGUUAAUGGUCAUGGAAAAAUAAAGACGAUUUUUUCGGCAGCUGUUUACUA